AAAUUCACACGAUUUACUAACUUCGCAUUUAUCGACCUGCAUGGAAGAAAUUUCUUUGUUUCGAACGAGGAGAUCGUUGGCUCUUUCAAAACCUGCCACUCCCUUUACACCAAACAGACCUAUGAGAGUGAUAUUAAUUUGUACACGCUCUCGACAUUUGCCCUUUCUUUGGUGGUCGACCUUCUUGUUCUUGUUGAACUUGCGAGCGAACUUUUCCGAGUCACCAAGGCUAAAGAUAUUAGUCUACCAUAUGGAAAGCUUCAAUGCCAGAUCGACCAGCGGUUGCAACCGAGGGAGACAUCGUCAGCGCAAGAGGUGUAUCCUACGAUUCCAUUGCAGAAACGACAAUGAUUCAUUUUACCGAAUUCUCUAUGCCCGGCCAGCUUGUCUUCCUGUACAAGGAGUAGCAGAGGCAUGCGCAGGCUGGUACAGGCGCUCCGCUUCCUUUUGCAACAGAGGCUACUGUUCGAUACCUCAGCGUCGAUGUCUGAUUCCCGUUUCCUCCCAGUAUAGGUAAUGAGGAAUUUUUUUCGUACGUCUCGUGGGGAUCUACCCAUAGCGAACAGGACGAAGGAUAAUUUUUAUGAUGGGGCAUUUCCGAACGUGUCACUCCUGCUCAACAACAUCUGGGACAAUGAGUGUAUCCCAGGGCUGGCAG